AUGUCAGAUUCAAUAGAAAAAAUCAAAAAAGAAGAAGAAAAUAUAGAUGAUUUUAGUCAUAGAAUAAUAGAUAUUAAUAAAGGGAUUAAUAGUAAUAGAGUUGAUCUCCAAAUCAAAGCAUUAAUAGCAAUUAAUAAUGAAUUUGAAGAAUAUGAGAAUUCUGGAAUGAAAAGAUCAUUCAUAUCAUUGUUUAGAAGUACAAAACCAGAGAAAAAAGGGUCUAACCAAAAUAUUAAAACAAAUCAUAAAGUUGCAACAAAGAAUGAACUAUUAUCCUUUUUAAAAUUCCAUUCACAAGAUAUAUUAAAUCUUAUUAUUAAAUGUCCUCAUGAAGAAUUACUUAGACAUUCAAUUCCUGUUAUAGAACAUAUUAAUAGUAAUAAACUAUUAAGUCCACAUUUUAUUAAAUCUAUGUGUGAUAAUGCAGAAAGAAUUGGAGGGACUAUAUUAUUACGUGCUCAAGAUAUUGUUAUUAGUGUAUUUAAUUCAAUGUCAUCUAUUGAAAAAAAUCAUAUUAUCCAUUCUACAUUAGAAAAUUCACAAAAGGGAAAUUUACCUGCACUUCAUAUGUUAUGUAAAUUAAUUCAAAUACAAGCAUUACCUUCACAACAAAUUGUUACUUCAUUUAGUUUAAUAGUUAAACAUAUCCAAGAAUUAAAUGAAGAUAUUAUUAAAAUAUGUUCUAUUAAUUCAUAUAUAAUACCUUUAAAAAGAAUUAUCAUCGGUGCAUUUAAAGAUAAAACAAAUGAUCCUAGAAUGAGUAUUGUUUUAACAGUUCUUGCUUCAACUUCUCCUUUUGGUGGAGAUGCCGAUGAAAUAAAUAAAAUGAUUGAAGAAGCAUUUGUAAAAGAAGUACCAAAUCUUGGAGAGCCAAUUAAGUUGAUUGGUAAAAGUGAUGACUCUGUAUUUAAAAUUUGUUUAAUGUGUAUUAUUGAUUCUGAUGGAUUUACUGGUGCAAUGAAAUGGAUUAGAGGAGAGUGGAACAAUAAACGAGCUGAAUUUGCAUUAAAUAUUUUAGAAGAAAGAAAAGAAUUACCUUCAAGUGCAUCCUCAUUUGUUAAAGAAGUGUUUAUUCAAUAUAAUGUUUUAGUUACUCGAUCAAUUAUUUAUGACUUUGAACAAAGAAUUAUCACCUCAAUAAAAUUUGAAGGAGUUUAUGGACUUAAUCUAUUAUGGAAGAUGCUUAUGAUUACAGGAGAAUGGUCAAUUGAACAGUUGUUAGAAGUUUUAUAUCAAAAGAUGCAAUUAAGAUUUGUUCAAGAUGGAAUAGAAGCAUUUAAAUCUAAUCCAACAGCACAAGGAGCUAAUUGUAUUGAAAGUGUAUUAAAAAGAUAUUCGUCACCAAAAACUAUUAUUAAAGAUGAUGUUAAACAAACACGUUCAUGUAAUAUUAGAUGGAUUAGUCUUAAGAGAACAAUUCGAGAAGACAAGCCUUGUUCUAUACCAAGUAUUCAAAUGAAAAUGUUAGCAAGUUUAAAGGUUAUGUCUUCAUUAACUAAAGUCACUAAGGUACUUAUUGAAAGUGCUCAACAAGAUAUUGAAAGGACAUUCCAUUUUAUGGAUAAAUCUGACAAGUUAAAUCUAAGAAAAUAUGAACACACGACCCCAAUAAGUAAAAUAGUGCUAGACUCUAUAAAGGAUUUAUUAAAUGAUCCCUACGCCCAAGAUUCAAUGAAACAAUCAAUCAAUUGGCUUAUGAAUAAAAAAUAUUCAGUUAAUGUAUUUAUUAAUGGUACUGAAGUUCCUAUUUUCAAGAAUAUAGGAAGUUAUCUUUCUGAAAUGGGGGAAAUAGUCAUUCAAAUUAGUUCAGGAGAUUCUGAAAUACAGUAUCAAGAACCAAUAAAAAAAGAACCAAGUUUUAUAACAAAUACAACUCGUACAGUGGUUGUAAAGGAAGAAAAGAAUAUUGAAAGAUGUUCUGAACAAAGUAUUAAAGAACUUAUUGAAUUAUUAGAAGAUGAAAAAACUCGAAACAAUGCGAUGAAAGUUAUAUGUGGGGUUAAUAAAUAUGUUAAAUGGGAAGAAAAUGCUAUUGAAUUGGCAACAAAAGAAGGGCCAAAACAAUUAUUAGGAAUUGCACGAUUAGAGAGUAUUGAAGAAGGAUUAAAAGAUGAAGAGUAUAAAAAGUUAUUAACUCUAUUUACUGAAUUAGUAAUUAAACAAAGUGGAAUCAAAGAAAUAUUGAGUUCUAUUCUUAUCAAGAAUGAAAUAAAAGUGAAUACGAAUGUCUUUAUUAUGAAUGAAGAAACUCUUAACCAACUCAGUAAAGAGAUUGAAAAUGAUUUAGACAAAUCAAGUAUGACUUUAUGUCUUGUUCUUUUAUUAAAAAACGGAAGAAAUAUUCCUUGGGAUAAAGAUGUUUUUACUGCUCCAAUUCUGAGGGCAUUAAAAGAUGGUAUUAAUAAACAAAUAUUUGACUCUGUUGUUCCUUUAUUAAAUGAACCUCCAAAACUUGUUGAAGAAUGUAAUAGAAUCAUUAUUGAGUAUGCAGAUGAAAACUGUGAAAAUGACCAUCCAUUUAUUCAGUCAUUAAUACAAAAUCUUACUAAGUUUGGGUAUGGACUUAAUGUCGCUGUUAGAGCAUUUAAAACAAUGAAGAAAAAACAAGUAUUGUUAAUUCCUUAUUUCUGUGAUAUUAUAGAUAAAUUAUUUCCAAUGCAAGGGAAAAAUAUUUUAAAGGAUGAUGAAAUUAAUAACCUAAUCAUAUUAUUAUGUGAGUGUGUUGAAAGUAUGAAUGAUAUUACUUGUUCACACUGUUUUAAUCAUUUUAAUCAGAUAUUAAAAGAGAUGAAUGGUUGCAAUGAAAAGGCUACUUAUAGAAAAGGGCAAUUCGGUGGAUUAGUUAACCAAGGAUCAACAUGUUAUAUGAACAGUGUUUUACAACAAAUAUUUCAUUCUUCACGUUGUACAGCCAAUUUAUUAAAAAAAGAAGUUAAAAUACCAACUUUAAUAGAAAAUACUGAUAACCAAAAAAAUAAACCAAAAGAAGAACAAGAAAAAAAAGAAAUAACGGUUGAUGUUAAUAAUCAAGUAAAUGACACUGAAAAGGAUAUUAAUAAAGAGGGACAAUUUAUUACAUAUAACCAGAAUGAGUUCAAAGAUUAUCGAAUGAUAUUUGGACUUCAAAAAUUAUUUGUUGAUAUGUUAAAAGGAAUUAAUAGUGCAACUCAAACAAAAGAAUUUUGUAAAGAAGCACAUGGAAGUUGUUAUGAAAAUAUUAAAACAUAUGAACAGAUGGAUGCUCAAGAAUUUUUUACAACAGCAAUGUCAUCAAUGGAAAAUUGUAAACAUUAUGAAAGUAUUGUUUCAGGAUCAAAAGUGUUUACAGGAGAAAUGGAAAUAUCAAUUGGAAGUCAAUGUGGGCAUGAAGUAAAACGAACUGAACAAUUUUAUUGUAGUGCUCUUGAAGUAGAACACUACCAAACAAUUGAACAAUCAUUACAAGCAUUAUGUGAAGGGUCUAUUCUUUGUGAUUAUAGAUGUGAGCAAUGUGGAAAACAAAAUGAUGCUCAAAGAAGUGAAAGAUAUAAAGAAUUACCAGAAACAUUAGUCUUUCAUUUAAAACGAUUUGUGUAUAAUGACCAAUUUGAAAUUGUAAAAUAUAAUGGAAAAUUUGAAUAUCCAAAUGAACUUGAUAUGAAAAAAUAUUGUUGUGAUGGUUAUAAUGGAGAAACUAUGUAUAAAUUAGUUGGAGUUGUUAUUCAUAAUGGAGAUGCACAUGGAGGUCAUUAUUUUAGUAAUAGAUUAAUCAAUGGUAAAUGGGUUUGUUUUAAUGAUAGGUCAGUUAAUGCUGCUGAAGGAGAAACAUGGUUUGGAGGAAAAUCAUCUAGUGCAUAUAUUUUAUUUUAUGAACAAGCAAGUAUGAUAGAACAAACUCAAAAAGAAAUGUUAGAGAUUGUUAUAGACCAACCACUAAAACAAUAUGUAGAAAGAAAAAACAAUAUAGCAUAUAUAUCUCAACGAGCAACAAACCCAUUUUUAGUUGAUUUAAUAUGCUCAUUUAUUAAGACAUAUAAACACUUUGGAAAUAUAUUUGAUUUCAUUAGCUCUGUUACUGCUAUAGUAUCUCCAAGUUCAUUAAAUAAAAUAUUCUCCACAAUAGACUUAAUACUUGAUGUUUCUCUUGCACAAGAAUUUCUUGAAAAAAUUACUCCAUUAUUGAAGAUGUUUAUUGUAGAAGCAUCAUCAAUCAUUAUCAAAUCAAUCAAACUAGUACAAUGUGAAUCAUUCAAUGAAGAAAUUCUAAAAUUAGUGAAAAAAGGAGAAAAUGGAACAAUGAAGAUAUUAAAAAUAUUAUGUGACUUGAAUCACUUUCAAAUCAAAGACGUUAUUGAAGUCACAAAAGAAUUUAUUAAAAAUUAUAACUAUAAUAGAAGUGAAGGUUAUUAUGCUUUCUGUAUUCUUUUAAAGGGAAUAGACUUAAAUCUAUUUACUUUUGAAGAAGACUUCAUUAUGAAGUUAAUUGGAAGUAAAGCACCAGACAAUUCAAUUGAAUCUCUUAUAAAGGCAUGUCCUUUUGACUUAAUUAAUAAAAUUGUGGUGACAAUUUGUACUGAUGCAUUAAAACGAGGUUUUAUAAAUAAUGAAGAAAUACUAUUUAUUAAAAGAAUGACUGUUAGUGAGGUAAUUGCAGAAACUAUUGCGUUAGAAUCAAAAAGUCAAAUAUUAUUAUGUAAUUCAAUAGAAAGUGCUAUCAAAACUAUUACUGUUGCAUUAAAACUUACUUCAUGUUCUCCGAUGAUUUAUAAUCAAUUGAAACAACAAAGUACUGAAAUCAAUAAUAACAUUAUUGAUUUUUCUAUUAAAAUUGAUAUCUAA